AUCGAGCACUCGAUUUUCUGCCAUCCUCACUUUGGUUUUGGUAAUUAUUAUUCUUCUAUAUUGUUUAUUAAAAUUUAGUUCAAUUAGUUGGUCAGUUUGAAAAAAUCUUGAUCUGUCCGGACAAUAAAGAAAAUAUAUUUUGCAUUUUUAUCUUGAUAACAAUCCUCAUAAAUGAGUGUUGUGCACUUUCCUUUCCAGUGUUUCAAUUUUCACAUAGAUAUCAUGUUCAUCUGUCAGUAUUGGCAACAGUUGUGACAUUGUUAUUGAUCAAUUCUGAAGGUAUCCAGUUGAUAAAUUCUGAAUUAGUUACUCUGAAAUCACAAUGAAUAUUGGAGUUAUCGUACCAGCUGCUGGUACAGGAUCUCGUUUUGAUGCUUCACCUCCAAAACAAUUUGUAAAAGUCGACGGCCUACCAUUGCUUUAUUAUACAAUAAGUACAUUUGUCAAAUUAUCAUCGACAGUAUUAAGAAAUGGUUUAACUAUUGUUGUUGUAUGUCCAGAAGGAUAUAUGAGUCUCGUUCGCGAGGAAGUUCUGUCAUAUUUUUCAAACCAGGUUGAGAAAGGAUCAUUGACUGUUAUUUUGGGUUCCGAUAGUCGACAUCGUUCAAUCAACACAGCUUUAAAUUAUCUUCACAAAAGACCAGAUAGACCUGAACUAGUUAUCAUCCAUGACGGAGUUAGACCUUUGGUUGACUCAAACUUACUGACACAGCUAAUUGAAAUAGCACAAGAAAAUGGGGCUGCUGGGCCGAUUUGUGACUUGGUUUCAACUACAUUGAAAGUUGACGAAGAAAAUUUUGUCUCUGAUAUACUUGACAGGAAUCUCUUCAAACAGAGUGAAAUGCCUCAGGUUUUUAGAUAUGAUGUGAUUAAAAAAGCUUAUGAUGGUGCUACCGAUGUUGAUUUAGAUAAUGGGACUGAAUGCAUGGAUUUAGUACGAAAAUAUACCGAUGUAAAGACCAAAGUGGUUCGAGGAUCACCUUCACAACUAUUUAAAGUGACUUACAAAAAGGAUCUUUACGCUGUUGAAGGAAUGCUAAAAGAAAUGAGGACCGUUAAAUUGAUACCAAUGUCUUCUAUCGUAGAUGAUGAUUUUCUUCUCAUAGAAAAGGUAGAAAAAGAAUUGAAAAAAAGGUUCAAAAAAGUUUUCAUUGAAACUUAUCGCAAUGGUUAUAAUCAAUGUGCACCAAACGAAUCUUUAGUCUUUUUCUGGUUCCUCGAGACAUGGUUAGCGUUCAAAAAUGAAGAAAAAUCAGUCCAUCGAGGUCAAAAAUAUUCAAAUUGGGCCCAUGUCAUCCUUUUCCAUAGAGAUUUGGAAGAGAGUGAAUAUUGUGAUGUUGUCCGUUAUACCAGGACCAGUACAGACAACUAUAUUUUGGGAUCAGUCAAAUGUGACCCAUCAAAGAUCACACGGUUUUUGGGAACUAUGCUUUGGAAUCACGAUCACUUCAGUGGUUAUGUUCAUUUUCUAUGAUUUUUUCAUUUAUCAAUAAAUUUUUUCCUCAAAACCUUCCCUGUCCUCAAUUUUGUUUAAUGGAAAGCUUACCCUCCUUAUCAACUAUCUUGUCUAUAAAUUGUUUCUGUCUCAGGCAAUUCAUAAAUAAAUUAAUGAAAAUGCA